ACCUCAAAAUCAAAAUAUGUCCAAAUGAGAACACGACAAGUUUAAUGAGUUAAUUACAUUCGAACCAGACCUUAUCUUCGCAAACUCAAACCCCUCCUCCUUGCCGGCGACGCUUCUCUACUGAACAUAUCAGUAAAUCAUCACCGUCAUCUCAAUUUUCUUCAUCUUUACCCUCUCCGUCAAUGGCGAUUCCCUUGCCUCUCACUUCUUACUCGCCAAUCUCAACUUCUUCUUCUAUUUCCCGAACCUCUUUCGUCACUCUCACGCCUCGCCAUCGUAACCACUUCUCCGAUCAGAAUAUCAGUAGGCAUCUACCUAUCAGCUGCUCUUUGUCUUCGUCCCCGAGCAAUGGUUCAACUCCAGACUCUAUGAAUGGGAGUGGGUUAAACGGCCAGUCAUCGUUUCCUGGAAUGCCUUCGUUCGAUGGAGCAUCUAACCCACCGCUUAAAUGGAGAAGGGUUUUGCUUAAAGUCAGUGGUGAAGCUCUUGCUGGAGACGAGCAACAGAAUAUUGACCCAAAGGUUACUAUGUCCAUUGCGAGAGAAGUUGCAGCAGUGACUCGGCUUGGCAUUGAGGUUGCGAUUGUUGUUGGAGGAGGAAACAUCUUUCGUGGAUCCACCUGGGCUGGAUGCAGUGGCCUUGAUCGCUCCUCUGCUGAUUAUAUCGGGAUGAUGGCAACUGUGAUGAAUGCAAUAUUUCUUCAAGCGACAAUGGAGAGCAUCGGCAUCCCAACACGUGUCCAAACCGCUUUCCGAAUGUCGGAAGUCGCAGAGCCGUACAUUAGAAGACGAGCAAUUAGACAUCUAGAGAAAGGCAGGGUUGUGAUAUUCGCAGCCGGAACAGGCAAUCCGUUCUUCACAACUGAUACUGCAGCAGCUCUUCGUUGUGCUGAAAUUAACGCAGAAGUAGUGCUGAAGGCUACGAACGUUGAUGGAGUCUUUGACGAUGAUCCUAAACGAAACCCAAACGCUCGCCUCCACGAAUCACUAACAUACCAAGAAGUAACCUCAAAGGAUCUCUCUGUGAUGGAUAUGACUGCUAUCACUUUAUGCCAAGAAAACAACAUCCCAGUUGUGGUUUUCAAUCUAUCUGAGCCUGGAAACAUUGCGAAAGCAAUCAGAGGAGAGAGAGUUGGCACAUUGAUUGGAGGAACUUGGAACUCUAUUGUUGCUGCCACAUGAAGAAUCUUCUUCCUUUAUAUGGUAACUUAGGUCAGGAGAAUCUUACAACUUCUAUAUAUAGCUUGCAGAAACCUCUUUACUUCCUAGGAACGUUAUCUGUCUGAAAAGUUUUGGAAGUUAACUGAGAUGUUAUUAUAUAAUAUAUAGUUUACAUUACAAAUACACAAAACUCAUUUAAAACCCCUUUGGGCUAUUUUUGGAUAAUGUCAAAUUAAUAAAAUUACAUAAAAUGUAAAUAAUAAAAAAAACUAAUAAUCUAUUCUCUAAGGAUCCCAAAUGUGACUGAAGAAAUCAGCAAAAGUUGGUGACGCCAAACUAGCAUAACCAGGGCUCAUUAAUCCUGCCGGCGAAAAUAAUCCAGGCGGCAACGCCGGCGAGAACAACCCACCUAGGUGAAACAUCGGAGAGAAAAUUCCGGCGGGAACGGUCGGUAACAUAGCCGGAGACGGCGAGAGUAUUCCCGGCGCAUAACAACCGAACUCAGCUGCUUCUUCCAUAGCCGUCGAGCUUUCCACCGGUUCCUUUCCUCCUCUCGGGCUAGCAUUCUCCGUCGCGGCGAGUCUCGCCGCCGGUGAUACAUCUCCGUCGUUUCUUGAUUCGAGGAAGACCUCGGAGGAGAUCCCGGUGAGACGCUGGACGACGUUCAUGAAAUCGGAGGUUGUGGUGUGCACGACUUUCGGCGAGACGGCGUAGAUAACCACCGGCUCUCGAGGAGGGUAGAGCGGAGCUUGGUCGCGGUGAUGCUGAGGAGGUGGAGCAGGGUGCCUGGGAGGUUUCUUGAUCUUGUGAGAGUCUUUGUUGACGCUUAGAGGCGAAGGACGAGGGCCACAGAUCUGAAGCUGACGUUUUGGAGUCUGUUGAUCGAAAGGAUUACCGCCGGCGAAGUGCUCCGACGGAUCCAUUAAAAGCUUGGGGAGAGCUUCUCUCGUUCACUACUUUUUGUUGUAGAGAGUUUGGAUCCAACUUGUUUCUUCUCUGUGUUUGGUCUGAGAAAUUGAAGGGAUGUUUUGACGACGAGUAUAUUGACCAAAACAUCAACACACAAAGUUAUUUUUGUUUUCUGAGACCGAUUAGUUUGACUUUCAAAAUAUUGACUUUUUGUUUC